AUGGUCUUACAUGGCGAUCGAAACGUUUUUGGUACUUCAUCAAAUACACCAACUGCUGAUCUAACAGCUGCCAAUAAAUUCAGAUGUUUAUCUCCUCUGAAGCGUUUUACCAACUUGACAACGAAAAUGUCACAUCAUCAUGAUGCGAACAUUUUUUGGCUCGAUACUAAAUUAGAUCCAGACGAUGAACGCACAAAAUUAUUGUUACUUCAACUUAAUGACCAUGUUGAACUGUUCAAUGAUAUUUAUUUGUGUCUUAGUAGACUUUAUACAUAUCACGAAAUGACCCUAUUCAUUGUAUCAGGAACAUGUGCUGUGCAAUGUCUUCAAUCGAUACAUUCCUUAUCAAAGAUUGAUUCUAUUCUUAUUUUCUGUGCGUCACCUGAAAAGUAUGCUUAUCUGAUCAGCGAUGAAUAUCCAAAAGUAUUAGCGUGCGUUAAUACUGAAGAAGAACUUGUUCGACGUGUUCAUUCUUGGAUUGAUGCUAAAUAUCAGACAGAUUGUUACAUAUGGCGUAACGAUGACAAAUCUGGCAAGCAAUUAUCUCGUUUAACAGCUCUUUUCCUGGCUAAUUAUAUCUUAACGAAGUAUGUAGAAUUUGAAUUAUGUGACGAAAGCAAACAAGAAAUGUUGGAAUUAUGUCGUACUCAUUACAGUAGAAACCAAUUAGAAUUAAAAAAUAUUAAAGAAUUCGAAUUAACCUACACAGCAUCCGAUGCGAUUGGAUGGUAUACACGUGAUUCAUUCGUUCAUAAGAUGGUCAAUCGAGCUCUCCGAUCGUUCGAUGAAAUAAAAUUACGUUGUAUGACCUUUCUUAUUCGAGAUAUACGACAACAACUAAAAUAUUGCUAUCAAAAUUUGCAACCGACAAGUAAUCUAACAGUUUAUCGUGGUAUGUCCAUGUCAAUGAAAGAUAUUCAACGAAUGCGAGACACUCCUCUGGGUUCAUUAAUUUUGAUGAACGGGUUUUUGUCAACAACUCGAACGCUCAAUAUUGCUCUAGCGUAUGCGAGCAAAAAUUGUGAUCUAGUGAAUGAUUCACGAGGUCACGUGUUGUUCGAGAUAAAUAUUGACGUCGUAAAUUCACCUGCUAUUUAUGCAGAUGUGUCCAGUAUCAGUACAUUUCAACAUGAAGACGAAAUUCUAUUCGAUAUGGGUACUUUAUUUCAAAUAGAAAGCAUUGAUCAUGAUGAAGACUCGAAACUAUGGAAAGUGCAAUUGAUAACAGCCGCACGAGAAGCCUGUAAGUCCGUUGAAACAUUAUUGUCGUCAAUUUGGGAAGGAUUUGAGAAACAGAUCGAUGGUUGUGUCGCCAUAGCAACUAUUAGAAGACUACUUUCUUAUGAUCAACCACAAGAACCAUUGAAAAAACAAUAUGAGACGGGGUCUGUGUUCUCAUGGCUUCGAUUCAGCAGUUAUUCUACACUGUUACAACAAGAUGGCAGACGCAAAAAUUAUAUUAAAGAUUAUACCACACGGAUAUUAAAGCAUAUUACAAGUCGUGUUCAAAACAACAGAACAUCAGCUCAUCAUCGGCAGCUCACUGGUACAAACGGGUUGAAUCCAUGCAAUACUUCUCCAGAUGAAACUGACAUAUGUAACUCUCUAGAGCCUAUACUAUUUUUUCAUCUUGAGACAGGUUUGAUGAGAAAUUAUAGGAACGCUCUCUCAACGAAAUUUUCUUUGCACCACCGUCGAUUUAUCACAAAUGACAUUACAACAGAUGAAGUCGAAACUAUUCUCGAUGAGUUUCACUCACUCUUUUAUAUUGGUUCAGAAUUUCUUUCGUGCGUGAAGGAUAACUCGCGGAUACACCUUUAUUCAAUAGACGUGUCACCUAAAGCACAGGAUAACGUGGACUCAAUGGAAAAGUCAAUCGAGAAAUUGACACGCAGACUUCGUCAUGAUCUUGCAAUUUUCUACCGAAAAGAAGCAGAGCGUUUUUUGAACGAACAAGAUGAUCGUAAUACGGCUAAAAAAUUGUUUGCUAAAUCAACUAAGUGUUAUGAACUUAUUGCGAACGAAACACAAGAAAAAUUAAAACAGCUUGUUCUCAAGAAUAAGUCAUAG